CCCUUCCUCCUCCCCGCUCCCCGGCUCCUUAAAACAAAACAAAAAAGCCAAACCCCCCCCCAAAACACUCAACUCUGUUUUUCUGGAUUUUUUUCCUACACGUCCUCCUGAUUUUCCAACUUUGACACCACUCUGUCCCUGAACGGGUCUUAAGUGUUUGGAAGAGUGUGGUGUUAGAGAGGAAGAGGGUAGGAAAAUGGAAGCAAAUUUAAGACCCUUAAUAUUGGCCCUGUGGAUUUAUGGUAAAAAAGGGAUUGAGAUAGGUGGAUAUUGGGCUCUGUGGCUGCACUCUGGAAUUUGAAGGAGCUUUAGAGAUGGGUCACGGCUUCUUCAGUGGGAUGCCUGUCACUUCUGGAACUUUCUGAACAACGGAUGAGAGAGUAGGAAAAAAAGUGGCCUCUGCCCCUUGAGAAUUUAGCAAGCCUUUUAGUGCGGUGGUCUCAAAGCGUGGUCCCGGAAGAAAGUGCAUAUAGGGAAAGAAAUAGGAUGUGAGCUGUCCAAAACAAUGAAAACCGAAGUAGGCUUUUCCUAGCGCUGACAUGGAUGUCUGUGGCCCCUUUCGGAUGAUCCGCGGCACCUAAGGAGGGAAAAGGAGGGUUCUGCUGUUGGGGCCCUGCUUGAUUUGCUUGCUCUCUGGUAUUAUGACAUAGUUUAGACGUUUGGUUCAAGUGGAUUCUAGUGCCUGUUUAGAAUCUUUAUAUUGUUUUGUAAAAGAAUGAGAGGUGACUGCGAUAAUAUUUGUAGCACAAAGCAGUCCUUACCUUUUCACUUCCUUCCACCAUUAUUACCUCUUUACACCACCCUCCUCAUGUUAUUUAAUGAAAAAAUACUUAAAAGAGUUGUUGAGUGUAAGAUGAAGCACUUGGAUGUGGUCACAUCAUGUUUGAACUAUCUUGGGGCUGAGUUAACGGAGUUUUGUCCUCCUUGUGAAGAAUUCUAAUUUGGCAAGUGGAUUAAAAUCAUCUCAUGAGGAAUCGCUUGCCAAAGCAUCAAUGUUUAUCCUGAAGAAGAGAAAAUGAAGGAGUCUGUGUCUCCAAUAUUUGAAAAACUCAUUUGGAAGUGGAAGAAGACUUCAUCUAUGUUGCCUUAAAGGAAGAUCUUACAGCGUGAAAGGGAAGCAAUGCAGAAAUCAGAGUGCCACGGAGGCGUUCAGCUGAGAAACAGAGGGGCAGAUAACUGUGAUCAAAGGACAUCAUCGAGCAUACAAAUUAAACAUAGGACUGCAGUUCAACAAGGCAAAUCCUCAUCAUCAACCAGUUCUCCAGAGUCUGCAAGAAAAUUUCAUCCUCGACCAAGUGAUAAACUUAACCCUAAGACAAUUAACCCGUUUGGUGAACAGUCCCGAGCCCCUUCUGCAUUUGCGGCUAUUUACUCUAAAGGAGGUAUUCCUUGCAGAUUGGUCCAUGGUUCAGUGAAACACAGAUUGCAGUGGGAAUGUCCUCCUGAAAAUCUUCCAUUUGAUCCUCUUCUUAUUACUUUAGCAGAGGGUUUGAGAGAGACUAAACAUCCAUACACCUUCGUGUCAAAGGAGGGAUUUAGAGAAUUACUUUUGGUCCAGGGAGCUCCUGAAAAAGCUGUGCCUUUGCUUCCAAGACUGGUUCCUGUGCUAAAGGCGGCUCUGGUACACCUGGAUGAUGACGUGUUUGCAAGAGGUCUGAAUGCUCUCGUGCAGCUAAGUGUCGUCGUUGGUCCUUCUCUGAAUGACCAUCUGAAACAUCUGCUGACAAGUCUUUCCAAGAGACUGAGGGAUAAGAAAUUCAAAGAGCCCAUCACCAGUGCAUUACAGAAGCUAGAGCAGCAUGGUGGGAGUGGAAGCCUUAUCAUCAUCAAAUCUAAAAUUCCAACAUAUUGUUCCAUAUGCUGUUGAAGAAAGGAGCCCACAAAAAUCUCCUUACUUCCUGGUGACAGGUGUGAAAUGCUGGCCAUGGGCACCUAUGGUACCUUUUCAGAUUCACUUCAGGUUGUUUUUUGUAAAUCACAGCCACCAUUCAUUCCUUACUAGUUUAAGAUGAGUAAACCUAGUUCCACUGAAUCAUAAUAAAAGUUACUCAUCAACAAGAAAGAAUGGUCAGUGAUGGGGAGUUGUUCAAAACAGUUCUACAGUAGUAUAAUUUUGUGCGGUCGGUUUUUCAUAUAUUUACAGCUUAGUGCAAACAACCAUUACUGGGUUUAUAGUAGAUGCAUUUGUAUUUAUUUUCUAAUGCUUUGUAUUAAUAAUAUCCCUUUCACACUCAGUUUGUAGCUGUGUGCUUAUUUUUAGACAUUUUGUCAUUUUGUCAUUUAUCAAAGCUAUGGAAAUUUAAAGUAUGCAUAAACAUUUGUGAGUUCUCUUUUAAUUAUUGUCUGUACAUAUGCAUCUUAUGAUGUAGAAUCCUUGGAAAAAGUCCAUGCCAGAAUAUUCUAGUUUAAGAAUUUUUUUUACAUGUGUAAAUUCUCUUGUAAGUAUGUUGUUUAUUACAACUUAUUAAAACUGCCUAAACUUUAGGUGUUGGGUUUUAUUUAAGUAAAUGUCAUCUUUGUAUUCCGUAGUCUGAAAAUACUGAAGAUACUCAUGUCAUGAAGAUCUUCAGAAAUUAAAAUCUGAAAGCAUUUAAAUGCA